AUGAUGUCGCAGUUGUGUGCCUCCGAUGUCCUCGCCUACGACUACUGCGGCUACGGCUUCAGCGAGGGCGAGCCCUCGGAGGAGAACUGCAUUCAAUGCAUCGAUGCAGCCUAUGCAUACUUACUGCAGCACUUCGCGCCUAACCGCAUCGUGCUCUUCGGGCGCUCGAUCGGAACAGGACCCACGGUGGACUUGGCAGUGCGCCAUCCCGAAAUCCGAGGGGUCAUCCUUCAGAGUCCGAUCGAGAGCUGUGGUCGGGCCGUCUUCGGGAAUCUGGCAUCUUGGGUCGGCUACAGGAUGGACCUGUUCCGGAAUUACGAGAAGGUGGACAAGGUGGAAUGCCCAGUCCUAGUUAUGCAUGGAACGGACGAUGACAUCGUCCCGAUUGAGAGUGGCAUGGCCAUCCAGGAGGCACGGCUUCGGGUUACAGGUUGA